UGGAAGAGGCAGGCCGCGUCGUGGUCUCGCAUUGGUCCAGAGGCGCGGGACGGUCCCUCAGCGGCCGAGGCGCGAAGCGGAGCCCCGCCCCCUCACUGCCGUUGGUCAGCAGCGGAGGCCACGCCCCCUAUUGACAGUUGGUCAGCCGCGGGGAAGAGACGCGGGUCAGGUCCGUGGACACAAGGUGCGGUACGGGUCUGCCGAGACGCGUCAACACCGGCUCGGUGUGUAGACCAGCGGGUUGGACGCAGUGGGGUUUGUUUGUUUUAACGUUUAUUAAGGAUUUGAUGUCCGAUUUGUGGGCGAAGCGUUAGGACUGAGAUAAGUCGUCGCACCGUGUUACGAUCCUGGUCAGGUGCAGUUGGAGAGUCUUGUGGCCGGCUAGAGAGCAUCAGCAGUGGCCCCAGCGCUCACCAAACUCACCAAGGACAGCCAUGGUAUCCGGCUGGCUUCUCCUCUGACCUCCACCGCUAUGGACGCAGAUGGGGUAGCCAUGCUGAGCAUAGAGCUGGAGCCUCAGAUGAAAAUCACAGAGGACACUUAUUCUCAGACAGUGCGGCUGAACAUCGCCUCAUUGCCCUUCCUGGAUUCUUGCCUCGCCAAAAGCUUUAUGAAAAUACCUGAAAUCCCCAUCCAUGAUUCAUCCCUGCAGGACUCUGCCUGUCAGUGUAAGAUGGUGCUCCUCCCCAGCACAGAUUCACUCCUCAGCCUUCUGUCCCUAAGCAAAACUCCAGUUGAAUCCCACUCAGGUGUACCCAACUUGUUUUUUGUCCCCGUCUCAGAGCACAGCAGCCAAAAGACGUGUCUUCGGCAUGGAUACUGCAGUUCCUCUGGAUGUGUGCCAGAUGGUGGUGAUGCGUCUCAAUCCCCGCAACCUGUCCCACCUCCUUUCUCGCACGGCCAGAUCCAACCACAGUGCCACGCUGCCCACCCCUCACAGCUUAAAACCCUGGUCGAGGGAGAGGUGGAGCCGGUAGUGGGCUGUCAUCCCUUAGCUCCAUCGCCAGCUUGGGGGGCUACGACAAACUCUGAGCAGCCUUUGUCUAAAGCUGUAAUGGAGAAUGUGAUGAAGCUGCCAUUGUCCAGGCAGGAGGGUUUGCUCUUGGAGGCGGAGAAGCUCCAGAAGAGACUUCAGUCUCUGCUAGGGGAGCAUGCCUCGCUGCACUGCAGCCAGCAGCUUGCAGUGUUCAAGAAGCUGCAUCGGACCAGAGUGACCGCCUUUGACUCAAAGCCUCACUGGUCACACCAAUGCCCAAGAGGCAGCAGACCCCAGUAUUGCACUGCACAAACGUCUACAGUCCGGCUCUCCUCUGCAGAGCUGCAAGAGUUUGGCGGCUCCUGCUGGGAGAUCCCAGGAGACCCACAGGAUGCUUUGGACUCUGAUGCCACAGCCAGCAGCAGCUCGGGCGAGGAGACAGAUGAGGAAAACUGUCAAUAUGGGGCCAAGCCUUUGCCCACCUGCAGUGGUCGCGAUGCCGUGGGCAGUAGUGAGGGGACCUGGCUUCAGGAGCGGGCGGAGGUGGGCAGCAGAUGGAGCUGGCUGCUAUUGCGCCUGGCUGAGCUGGAAGGGAAGAUCCAGCAGUUGGGGGAGCUCCACAAGCACAUACGCUCCACCAAGGCCAGUUUGGUGCUGGCAGAGCCCCAGCCACUGAUGGACAGGCAGAUCCAGCAGGCCUUGCUGAGGGCGACGGCAGGGCUGUCCUAUACAGCAGGGCACAAGGGCGGAGAGCUGCUCUCAGAUGCAGACAGUGAACUCAGCAGCCCCACACACCUCCUUUACAACAUAGAGAGACAGAGUGCUCAGCUUGUCAACAGCCUGAUGCCCCCGCUCAACCUGUCACCCUUCUCUUCACCCCUCCCCAAACAACCACAUGCUCAGAAAGGCAUAGGCAAGAGACCCUUUAGCAGUGGCCAUCGAGGAGAUGAGGCGUUCUCUCUCAGAGGCUCCAAGAGGAAGAAGGCGGGCGGUGGUACGAGACAGCAGCUGCUCCGGGUUGACGUCACGUGUGUCUGUGCCCGCACGAGGCCUCUGGUCAUGUACCACAAGCCCAGACUCUUCAACCUCCACACACACAGCACCAGCAACACCGGGACAGGCGGUCGACAGGACUUGGACAGCAACAUCGCCCCACCGCACCCCUCCUCCACUUUGUCCUCCACCUGCCCCACUUGCUCUCCCUGUGACCCCUCUGCCCUGUGCUCUGACCCCACCUGCACCUCCAGCAGUCCCCUGACCUCCCGGAAGCUCCACUCCAGGCUCCAUCCUGUGCUCUCUGUCUCUUCUGACACUCCUCUGUCCCACCACCUGCAGAAGGCGCUGGGCAGAGAGGAGUGGUCACUAAGACCUUUACUGGGCAGUGCCAAUGUGUUCAACCCAGGACACUACAACAGAUUGUACCGUAGGACUGUACCACAACCCAACAAUGAGGAGGAUUUCAGGCGUCAGCUCUCUGAGCUCGGGGAAAGCUCAGAGGACCUGCAGGAUCGGGCCUAUACGCCCACGGCCUCAUGCAUGUGCAAGCAGGCCUCAGAGGGCUGUGUCCGUCACCGCCAGGGAGAGAGUGUGCACCGCAUUAAUGAUGUUGUCGUCCCAGUUUCUCCGGCCGCUGCUGUCGAAGUGGAGAAGCAGCCCUGCAAAGACAUCCUCACACCCAGGUGGAGGGUGAUAAACAUCCAAUCACUGAAGGACGGGGAGGUGGUGGAGGAAAAGGAGCUGGAGGUUCUGACUGAUGAGGCAUUUAAACAGAGACACUUGGCAUAUGAGCAGAGAGAAAAGCUGCGCUGGACCCCCUGGGGCGGCAGCCACCGAUACCGACGGUCCACCAGGUCUGGCAGCAGGUGGUCUGGCAGCAGGUGGUCUGGCAGCAGGUGGUCUGGUGGUUUGAGGAGAGUUUGUGUCGCUCUGGAGUGGAGCUGCUCUCAGCUGGACUCCCUAGAGAAGCCCGGCUCUGACGUAUGGCUGCCGUGUCGGGCUCCAUGGGGAAAGCGUGUGUUCCCACUGGGCGGUGAAGAGGAGGAAGCCCUCCACGCUGACGACCUCCACUCACGAGCUUUACUCCGAUGGCCGGAGGGGGAGACCACCACAGAGAUCGGCACCGAUACCACCAGAGCAAUAAACCCCAACAGCAAUUCCUUCUCCUACACUGUGUCCUCCUGCAGCACAUCACCCCCCUCUGCUGGACAGAGCAGGGACGACGCUGCCAGCUGCAGAUGAGGUGACCAGUGCCUUACUGGAAACCAAGAGCCCUUCAGCUUUCUUGGACCCUUUUAUGAGACUCUUAAACAUUCCUUGCCGAUAUCCAUUAUACGUGGAGGGAAGGAUUUUAUCUUUUAUCUUCCAGGUGUUGUGAAAUGUGUGACAGUGGUUUUAAAUAAGUACCCCCAACUAAUCCCGUUCUUGUUAAUGUGUGUUUUGAAUGUAAAGAAAACAGUGCCAGCACCGCCCAGCAGUGUCUCAGGUUUACACACUCUAUGUAGACGACACCACUAUUUAUUCCUCUUCAGAUGUACCACAAGUCUUUUUUAUAGAUAAAAUAU